AUGGCGUUCGGCGAAGGGGGAGGCGACGCCACGGCCCCUCUCAUCUCCUCCGACGGGCCGAAGCGCCAUCUCAACAUCGUCAGGAACGGGAACGAAUGGACGGCGUCGGCGCACGUGAUCACGGCGGUGAUCGGGUCCGGGGUGCUGUCGCUGGCGUGGAGCAUGGCGCAGCUGGGGUGGGUGGCCGGGCCGGGCAUGAUGGUGGUGUUCGCCUCCGUGACGGCGCUGCAGUCCACCAUCUUCGCCGACUGCUACCGGUCGCCGGACCCGGAGCACGGCCCGCACCGCAACCGCACCUACGCGCACGCCGUCGAGCGCAACUUAGGUAGCAACAGCGCGUGGGUCUGCCAGUUUUUGCAGCAAACAGCCUUGUUCGGCUACGGCAUUGCCUACACCAUCACCGCUUCCAUCAGCUUCAGGGCGAUCCUGAAGGCCAACUGCUACCACGCGCACGGGCACGACGCGCCCUGCAGCUUCGACGGCAGCUACUACAUGCUCAUGUUCGGCGGGGUGCAGCUCCUCCUCUCCUCCAUCCCGGACUUCCACGACAUGGCGUGGCUCUCCGUCGUCGCCGCGGUCAUGUCUUUCUCCUACGCCUUCAUCGGCCUCGGCCUUGGCCUCGCCAGCACCAUCUCUAACGGCGUCAUCAAAGGGAGCAUAACGGGCGUCCCAAUGAAAACCCCUGUCGCCAAGGUAUGGCGCGUCUCACAGGCCAUCGGCGACAUUGCGUUCGCGUACCCGUACUCCUUGAUCCUCCUAGAAAUUCAGGACACCCUCAAGUCGCCACCGGCCGAGAACAAGACGAUGAAGAAGGCGUCCAUCAUCUCCAUCCUGGUCACCACCUUCUUCUACCUCUGCUGCGGCUGCUUCGGCUACGCCGCCUUCGGGAACGACGCGCCGGGGAACCUCCUCACCGGCUUCGGCUUCUACGAGCCCUACUGGCUCAUCGACUUCGCCAACGCCUGCAUCAUCCUCCACCUGCUCGGCGGCUACCAGAGCUCUGAACUGAUACGAAGCAAAACAAAAUGUGAGCAGGUGUACAGCCAGCCGAUCUACCAGUUCGCGGACAGGCACUUCGCGGAGCGGUACCCGGGGAGCGGGUUCGUGAACGACUUCCACACGGUGAAGGUGCCGCUGCUGCCGGCCUACAGGGUGAACCUGCUGCGGGUGUGCUUCCGGACGGCGUACGUGGCGAGCACGACGGCCGUGGCCAUCUUCUUCCCCUACUUCAACGAGAUCCUGGCGCUGCUGGGCGCGCUCAACUUCUGGCCGCUGGCCAUCUACUUCCCCGUGGAGAUGUACUUCAUCCAGCGGAAGGUGCCCCGCUGGUCCACCCGGUGGCUCGUCCUCCAGGGCUUCAGCACCGUCUGCCUGCUCGUCAGCGCCUUCGCGCUCGUCGGCUCCAUCCAGGGGGUCAUCACCCAGAAGCUAGGCUAG